CAAAAACUGGCAAAAUGACAAAGUGUAUCCCUCUUGCGAGCCUUUCAUUUAAGUAAACCAGGGGGAUGUAUACCGCUGUUACACAGGAAAAAAAAUUGCGCUAUGAAGGAGCGGGGAGUGUUUGUCUCAAAGUUAUAAUCUGUUCACUUACAUCGAACGUGCGCUCUUGAUCUGUCUAGGCUGUUGUUCUUCAUUCUCUCGAUAUUACAGGACUUUAACAUGUUAAUUAAAGUUAAGACUCUCACGGGCAAAGAAAUAGAGAUCGAUAUAGAGCCCACAGACAAGGUGGAGAGAAUUAAGGAGCGUGUGGAAGAGAAAGAAGGGAUUCCACCUCAGCAGCAGAGGCUCAUCUACAGCGGGAAACAGAUGAAUGAUGAGAAGACUGCUGCAGACUACAAAAUCCAGGGAGGCUCAGUGCUUCACCUGGUUUUGGCCCUAAGAGGAGGGGCUCCUUACACUCCUCGGUUAUGUUUGCCCACCGGUGAGCAGAGCAGUGAAGUGACCCUUGUGACUCUGUGUUUUUGAGUGCUGUGAUGUCGCGCUGUUUGGAGCUCUUAGCACUGACGUAUUGAUUAUGUGGAGUGCAUUAUAAUCGUCGUCAUGAUCAGCAGUCACUCGAAUUCUGCAAUGUGUAUUUUGAGUUUGCAGCCCGAGAAGCUGUUUAAGAAAUGCUCUCCUCUACAGUUUUAGUUUUUGCUGUUGUUUUUGUGAAUAA